AUGGCAGCGACCGACGACAGUAAGAACAGUAUGGCAGGGACCACAGCUAGCAACUCCGGAGGGAAACAAACCGGUCCCACUGCUGAACAGGUAGCGGCUGGUUUUCAACGACUUCGCCAGGAACAGCGUAGCAUGGCAACAAAAGCAGCGGAACUAGAGAUGGAAAUCAAUGUACACGGUCUUGCAAUUGAUGCUCUUAGAGAGGCAGAUCCUACUCGUAAGUGUUAUCGGUUGAUUGGGGGUGUCCUUGUGGAGAGAACGGUGCAGGAGGUCCUUCCUGCACUUGAGAGCAAUAAAGAACAGGUAAUAGGUCACAGUGCGCCAUUCUUGUAGGUUAUUGUAGCCCAAAAGUAAUAAAU